GAUUAGUUGAGCAAAAUUAUAUGUCCAAAAUGAUCAAGGUGUUUGCACCUUUGGAUAGCAAUCUUGGUCAACUACAAAGCCCUUCUUUGAACCAAGAUGGACUGGGUCCCCUUCUUUCGCUCAAGUACUAUUGUAAUCCGGACAAUCAACUAUUACUUGAAAAUAAAGGUGUAUUUCAACAUUGUAACAGCAGGGGUGAUGGCGAAUCUUCGAUAAGUGGGGGUAUUGUUUCCGUGCAAGCCAGGUCAUUCGACCCCAAAGUGGAAUCAACAUUUGAUCUUAAAAGGAUCGCAACUAACUAUGAUUUCAUAAUGGAAGAGCUUGGGGAACUUGAGCAUCUCUUCCUUGAAAAGGCUUCCUAUGGUAAUCUAUUCUUGAAGUUGGGAUCGGAUAAAGAGAAAUUUGAGUUUUUGAACAGACAAAUAGACGUAUUUAACAGGAAGUAUGGCGGCAAUGACAGGCACACGGCCAAAAGAAAGAGUCGCCAUGGUUGAGAUGCCACACGGAUUGGAGUAGCAACUGGCUUGCAAUUAUUAAAAAAGUACAAACUUAAGUGCUUGUUUAGCUAUUUGUGGUGAGGCGAUUAGCUAGAUGCUACGCUGUGUAUCUUGCUUUACCUAUCAUAUUUUUGGGUUGUAACACUUAUGUUUCGAUUUGAGUAUUUCAAACUGUUUAGGACAUUGCUAAUAUUUAUGUCUUUUGGAACUUAAUAUGAUUAUGGAUUAUUAUGUAAGUGAUGUACUUUUGGAGAUCUAUAUGUGAUCUAUGAUGUACUUAAUGUGUAA